UCUAUUUUGUGUAUGUUUUAUAGUUUAUUGGCACAAAAUAAUUCAUUAUAUCCCCUAUUUGAUACCCCUUUGCUAUCUGUACAAUGUGUAUAGUGGGUGCCCUGCCUUCCGUUCUUGAUGCAGGUUAACUGUGUUUUUGAUUUUUUUCUCCUAAUCAGUCUGGCUAGAGGUCUAUCAAUUUUAGUCUUUUUCAUAAACCAGUUUUUGGCUUUGUUGAUUUUUACUGUCUGCUUUCUAUUUUAUUUAUUGCCACAUGGAUUUUUUUAAUCUCCUUACUUAUGCUUACUUUGUGCUUAAUUGCUCCUUAUUUUCUAGAGUGUUUCUGUGAUAACCAAUGUCAUCAAUCUGCCAGUUUGGGAGAGAGACUUCGAACCGUGGCCCCGGUGGGCCUUUAAGCAGCAGGAGCAGGGAAGUGGCUGCGAGAGCAAGCCGUGAGGCCGGGUCCGAAGUUUGUGGUGACAGCUGCAGAACGUCACUGUUCGGCCAUAGGGGCCGCCACCCGAGUGCUCACCACGUGGGGGCCACAGCCCCUCCAUUGCAGGCUCAGGGCUGGGUCCAAGGCUUAUGGCUGAUCACAUUGGUCACCUGCAAAGUCCUGAGCUGUGACUACUUCCACAGAGGCCGGCUUCUCCACUUGGAUAUCUCACAGAAAUUGGCCAGCUGAUCUUCAAAUUUAUACAGAAAUUCAGGGACCCAGAGUAGGCUAACAAUCCUGAAAAGAAAGAACAAAGAUGGACGAUUCACACGUCUUGAUUCCAAAAACUAUAAGGACAGACAUAUAGAAUUGAAUUGAGUCUAGAAAUAAACUCGAAUAUCUGUGGCCAAUUGAUUUUCAACAUGAGUGCCAAGACCAUUCUAUAGGGAAUGAAUAACCUCUCCAACAAAUGGUGGCGAGACAAUUGGAUAUCCCCGUGCAAAAGAAUAAAGUUGGGCUCCUAGCAUACACCACAUACAGAAGUUAACUCAAAAUGCAGCAAGACUUCUUGAGAGCUAAAACAAAACUCUCAGAAGGAGACACAGGGGUAAAUCUUCAUGACUCUGAAUUACUUGAAGAUUUCUCAGAUUUAAAACCUAAAGCAUAAGCAAUCAAUGUAAAAUAAUAGGUAAAUUGGACUUUAUCAAUAUUAAAACCUUUUAUGCAUCAAAGGACAAUAUCAAGAAAGUGAAACAAGAACCCACAGAAUGGGGGGAAAUAUUUGAAAAUCAUAUUUCUGAAAAAGGCCUAGUACCCAGAAAAUAUAAAUGACUCUUACAACUCAUCUAUGAAAAGGUAACCCAAUUCCAAAAUGGUCAUAGAAUCUGAAUAGGCACUUCAUCAAAGGAAUUACACAAUUGGCCAAAAAGCACAUGAAAAUUUGCUCAAUAUUAUUAGCCAUCAAGGAAAUUCAACUCAAAACCACAAUGAGAUACCACUUCACACCCACUAGAAUUGUUGUAACAAAAAUGAUGCACAGUAACAAGUGUUAACUAAGAAAUAAAAGAAUCAGAACCCUCAUACACCUCAAAAUGGUGCAGCCACUUUGGAAGACAGUGUGGAAGUUCUGCAAAGGUGAAUGCAGAGUCACCAGUUGACCCAACAGUCCCACUCCUGGGUACAUACCCAAGAGCAUUAAAGUGCACAUUCACACAGAAACUCGUGCACAAAUGUUCAUAGCGACAUUAGCCAUAGUAGCCAAAAAGUGAAAAUGACCAAAUAUCCAUCAACUGAUAGAUAAACCUUUUGGAGACUAUUACCCCGUGUGAGGAGGGGUAAGGUAGACACCACACCGUGAUGGGUCUCAGGGUGUCCGUGGGGACGUGGCCCUGGGCCAGGCAGCAGGAUGGAGAGGCUGUGAGCGCUCCUGCCUACUUCUCUGUGGGGAGCCUGAGAGUUGGUGACGCCUGAGUCUAAUGAAAUCAGCUGCUGAGGAAGAGAGACUCUGAAUAGACUAGUCAAUGGCCGUGAGAAACCAGCUGUGGUGGCAGAGUUCACCAUGCGCGGUUUCUCAGCAGCACCACAGCUCCGGGCUCUCUUCUUCAUCCCCUUUAACUCCCUCUACACCACGGCGCUCUCUGGAAAUUCCCUCUCUGUGGCAGCCACCACCUUUACCUCCAGGCUCCACACCCCCAUGUACUUGUUCUUGCUCAGUUUGGCUGUUUUUGAUGUCAUCUGUGCCAGCACUGUGGUGCCCGAGCUGCUUGAGAUGCUGGUGGCAGAGAAGAGAGGCAUCUCUUACUGGGGCUGUGUGGCCCAGGUGUACUUCCUGACGUGGUCUCUAGCAGCAGAAUUACUGCUCCUUCCCGCUGUGGCUUAUGACAGCUACCUGGCCAUCUGCCAUUCUCUGCACUAUGGAUCCAUGAUGAGCCCCAGGGUGUGUGUGGUGCUGGCUGGGGCUGUGUGGGGCAUCAGCAUGCUCGGUGCUGGAGUCAAUGUCUGCCUGAUUUUAUGGUUGACCUUCUGUGGGUCCAACGUGAUCGAUCACUUCUUCUGUGAGAUCCCCCCUCUGCUGCUGCUGUCCUGUUCCUGCACGUACGUGAAUGACAUCACGGCAGUUACGGCUGACAUCUUUGCCAUGCUGUAUUUCCUACUUACCACGGUGUCCUGUGGCUUCAUCAUCUCCACCAUGCUGAAGAUGCGUACAGCCAAGGGGAAGAGGUGAGCCUUAUCCACCUGCUCCUCCCACCUCAUUGCGGUCACCAUGUACUACUCCACCAUCAUCUACAUGUACCAGAGCUCCGGAUCCAGCUACUCCCCUGGGAUGGGCAAGGUGGUGGCUGUGCUUUAUUCCACUGUGAGCCCCACUCUGAACCUUCUCAUGGACACUCUGAGGAACAAGGAUAUCGAGGCAGCUCUCAAGAAAGUUUUUACACUUUUAGCAGAAAAACUGUAGUUAUUUUUUUACAGGUAAGGGCUGGCUCAGGGAAGCUGAAAGUUCCAAGUCCUCACAAGCAGAGUGUGUUCAUUAGGUACCAUCCUGUAUUGGGAACCCAAUCUAGAUUGACACGCAGUGUCUCCUGUUACAAAUAUGGGCUCUAGACAUUCUUGAACCUACGCCAAUACAGAUAGGGGCCCUGGAAGUCUGCUUGAUAUCUAACAAGUGUAGAGCUUAAGUAAAUGGAUGUUUUCAGGAACUACUGGCAGUAAGAUAUGCACUUUGAGUCAAAGAGGAAAACAUGGCACAAACAUGAUCCGACUGUGGGGACAGUUUCCCGAAUCCCCAGCACCAUCAAAGCCUCUGCACACAGCACUUUGCUGUAACACUUUCCCAGAUGCCCCUGCCAGUCUGUGAGGCUCUUGGGAGACAGUGGCCAUGUCCAGAAGUUCAGGGAUGCAGGUUGAAGUGAACGAAAACAUGGAGGAUGGAGGGGCCAUGGUGGUCAUCAGGGGAGGACAGAGAAGGGGCUGGGCAUUAGAAAUGGGGGCAGAUGCACCUGUGGGUUGCGGGUGACACAGGGAACUAGCUGUGUCCCCAACGAAGGGGCCCAGCCAAAGCUCCUGCCCAGAGGAGAGCAGUGGUGACCUAAAGGACGACCAGGGGUUUUAAUGUGCCCUGCAGGAUGAGCAGCCCUGUACAGAUGCCUUCCGCAGGAAUUGUUUCCACCGAAAGUCAGAGCAGCCCCUGGCCUCUCCCUGCUCCAUAGCAUGGUGCACACAAGGCAGCCACUCACAG